CGGUGGACGGAAGCCGCGUGUAGACAUCUGCUCACCGGCGGGACGCGAACCCUCACAGAUCAGCUAGCGUAGCUCGGUACUGCUUGUAUCGUUCACCGGCCCAAUACACUCAGAUCGAUCUCUUGUUAUUGAUUACGUUGAAGGGAUAUUAAUUGUUCGGGCAGAACUCCUCGUCAGUCUCCAGGAGAGUGAUCUCAUAUCGACCAGGAUGGAGUGGCAGCCAGACGAACAGGGUCUGCAGCAAGUUCUUCAGCUGCUGAAGGACUCCCAGUCCCCAGACACCGCAACCCAGAGAGCUGUCCAGGAAAAACUCGAACAGCUGAACCAGUUUCCGGACUUCAACAACUAUCUCAUCUUUGUCUUAACAAGCCUCAAGUCAGAAGAUGAGCCGACCCGGUCCCUCAGCGGGCUCAUCCUGAAGAACAACGUGAAGGCCCACUACCAGAGCUUCCCCCCCACUGUGGCCGACUUCAUCAAGAGGGAAUGCCUGAACAACAUCGGGGACCCCUCUCCGCUGAUCAGAGCCACCAUAGGCAUCCUGAUCACCACCAUCGCCUCCAAGGGGGAGCUCCAGAUGUGGCCGGAGCUGCUGCCUCAGCUCUGCAACCUGCUCAACUCUGAAGACUACAACACCUGCGAGGGCUCGUUCGGGGCGCUGCAGAAGAUCUGCGAGGACUCGUCAGAACUCCUGGACAGCGAGGCUCUGAACCGGCCGCUCAACAUCAUGAUCCCCAAGUUCCUGCAGUUCUUCAAGCACUGCAGUCCUAAGAUCAGGUCCCACGCCAUCGCGUGUGUGAACCAGUUCAUCAUCGGACGCGCCCAGGCUCUGAUGGACAACAUCGACACCUUCAUCGAGAGCCUGUUUGCGCUGGCCGGUGAUGAGGACAGCGAGGUCCGUAAGAACGUGUGCCGUGCGCUGGUCAUGCUGCUGGAGGUCCGCAUCGACCGCCUCAUCCCCCACAUGCACAGCAUCAUCCAGUACAUGCUGCAGCGGACCCAGGACCCCGAUGAGAACGUGGCGCUGGAGGCCUGUGAGUUCUGGCUGACCCUGGCCGAGCAGCCCAUCUGUAAGGAGGCGCUGUCGGGCCACCUGGUCCAGUUGAUCCCCAUCCUGGUCAAUGGGAUGAAGUACUCUGAGAUCGACAUCAUCCUCCUCAAGGGUGACGUGGAGGAGGACGAGGCGGUCCCGGACAGUGAGCAGGACAUCAAGCCCCGCUUCCACAAGUCCCGAACCGUCACCCUGCAGCAUGAAGGGGGGGAGGGCGAGGAGGGAGAGGAGGGAGACGAGGACGAGGACGACGAUGAUGACACCCUGUCCGACUGGAACCUCCGGAAGUGUUCGGCAGCGGCGUUGGACGUCCUGGCCAACGUGUUCAGAGACGAGCUGCUGCCCCACCUCCUUCCCCUGCUCAAAGGCCUCCUCUUCCACCACGACUGGGUCAUCAAGGAGUCCGGCAUCUUGGUGCUGGGGGCCAUCGCAGAGGGCUGCAUGCAGGGCAUGGUGCCUUACCUCCCCGAGCUCAUGCCCCACCUCAUCCAGUGUCUGUGUGACAAGAAGGCCCUGGUCCGCUCCAUCGCCUGCUGGACGCUCAGCCGCUACGCCCACUGGGUGGUGUCCCAGCCUCCCGACGCCCACCUCAAGCCCCUUAUGACCGAGCUGCUCAAACGCAUCCUGGACGGGAACAAGAGGGUGCAGGAGGCCGCAUGCAGGUAGGGGGGGAGGGGAGUG